CACUGUGCAUGUGAAGGAUCAUUCAGUGGACUCACACGCACACUUGCCCAUGCACAUGUCUUGAGUCGAGAGGUAACGGGACUGGAUUGUUGGCUUCGAGAUUGGUGUUUGGAUGUACAGGAAGAGUUUAAUCAUACAUCGGUGAUGAGAGUAAAUUAACGUUAUAAGAUCAAAGAGUCUUUGGAUGUUUUAGCUGCGAUUGGAUUGUAUUUGAAUCGUAUCAUCACAAUGGCUGUUGCUGACGGACUAGCCUCCCUGAGGUUAAGGCUUGCCGUCGUAUGGCUUCUCGCUGGUGUACUGAGUGUUGCAGGUCUGCAGCUAGCUACACAAUCCAGACAGGAUCUCACAAGUCCAGAAGGAGCUAAGAACUUUGAGAUGUUGUGCCCUGUGACUGGGGCCGUAGGUCAACCUAUCUUCACAUGGCAAUACUCACCAGCGAUGCAUCUCACACCGGGCAAUAAGAUUGUACAAUCAGCACGCCAUAACUUCAGAUCAGAUUCACUCAUCAUUAAUCAGAUAUCAAAGACAGAUGCUGGUUUCUACACAGCGAGUGUUACUGAUAAUACCAGAAGGGUUGUCAGGUGUAUGUUUCAGCUUACUGUUGGUUAUGGUCCUGAGCUAGUUGAUGGUAUACCGACCACCGUCACGGCAAACUUCUCUCGUCCAUUCGUCCUGUCCUGUCCAGUGAGAGGCGUCCCAUUACCACACGUUAUCUGGAGGAAGAACGGGCGCACCGUCGCACCCUCAGAAAAUAUCCAGUUCAAUGGUCUUGAUAUCAAUUUUACUUCGGUCUCUGAUGCUGAUAGAGGCCAGUACCAAUGUUCAGCCACCAACCCUUACGGGACCGUCACCAGUCCAGUUACUAUCAUUAAUAUUCAAUGGCCUCUAAGGUUUGUGCAGGUUCCCCCAUCAGUGCUAGACAGGAGAGAGGGGCAAAACGUCUCGGUGCAAUGUAAUGUGACAGGCUUCCCUCAUGCAAGGAUACUGUGGUACAAGAGGAAUGGAAAUGAAAGUGAGCAGAUCAUGAAUUCAUCCCAUACGGUCAUCACCAACAUGUAUUCCGAGCGGGUCUCCUGGUCAAGACUGGACAUUGACUCUCUCAACGUCAGUGAUAAUGGGAUGUAUCAAUGCGAAGCAACCAACGUCAACCAGCAAGUCAGCACAAACUUUGAUCUUGUCGUGCACGCUCCACCAAGAAUCACCUCCUUACAUCCUGCCAUCAGAACAGCUCAUGUAGGCAUGGAUCUUGUCUUUGAGUGUACGGCCACUGGGUUCCCUCCGCCAAAGUUUACUUGGUUCAGGAAUGGAAGAGCCAUUCCUCGUAUCGGUAACACUCAUUUCAACGAAGGUUGGGACGGUAUCCUGACCAUUGAUAGUCUCAUAGAGUCUGAUGCAGGCAACUUUACAUGCCAAGCAUUCAAUGAUGUAGGAUAUGAAUACAGUAAUACUACUAGACUAGAUGUGUUUGGUAUAUACUUCAUAGAAAGAGCGCCCCCCAUGUUAGCUGUAGAGGAAGGUAACUCAACGCAGCUUGUUUGUGAUGUGGGUGGAUCUGAUUACGGUGUGAGAAUAGAAUGGUUUAAAGACAGGACUCCAAUCCAGUCACAAUGCACUCCAGAUCAACUUAGAAAUUUACCUAGAUGUAAGUACAUGAUAGUCAACAGCACUCUUCACAUAAUGAAAGUAAGUCAGCAAGACUUGGGAACCUACAUCUGCAAAGUAACAGAACAAGGAACGGCUGACCCUGAAGUCAUACAAGCAGAGACACAAGUUCUGUUUGCAGUUCCUGUGGCUCUCUACCCCAGAUUAAAUGAUGUGUAUACAGGUGAUGCUGGCAAGCCUUUAGUCCUGGAAUGCAAAGCUAGGGGUAGCCCGCCCCCUACUGUUGAGUGGCUGUACAGGGGAGUUCAUCCACUCAAUGACUCACAUAGAAUGAUCUCCGGUGGUACGAUCAAGUUCCGUCGUCUGCUUGCGAGGGACAGCGGGCAUUACCUGUGUGUGGCCAGUAACAACAUCACAGAGGCUAAGCAAGAUGUUAGAGUCAAAGUUAAUUCUGUGCCCCCAAUGCUGAACCUGGACAUUAAGCAGUCGGGUCAAUCAGUGACCUUGGACUGGAGGGUGGUAGGUAACGGUGGCUACCCGGUCAAGAGCUUCAAGUAUGAAUACAGAAUGAUAUCACCCAAGACUGGAAAGUGGUCCGCAGAUAAACUAUCUCCACAUUUGAGAUCACACACUAUCAAAGGUCUGAAGUCCAAUGCUACAUAUGAGAUCAAGAUGUGGGCUGUCAACAAGCUCGGUCAGGGGACCAUCACCAGACAGGUGUUUGCCACAGAUUCCCACGCGGGCAUUGGAAACAUCUUCAGCGGUCUCUCUGAGGACAACCUCAAGUUGAUCUACAUCGGAGCUGGCGUGGCCGGUGGUUUAUUCCUCCUCAUCUUGGUAGUGGUGUUUGCCGUCGCAUGCAGACGCAAACCAGAUCCUUCAGGAAUCAGAAAACGUACAGACGGUGUAGAGGAUGGUCAAGCGUUAGUGGAUGAUUUCCAGGAAUCCCCGUCUCACAUCAAUCCAGCUUACGGAGGAGCUGACCACCCGACGAGCGAGAAUCUUGAACUCAAAGACGUGAACCCUACGGAUAGUAACGGAAUCAAGGAUAAGAAUGGGAAGCCCGUAGGAGGAUUCGCGGAGGAUAACGGAAUGGCUCUAAACCUAGACCUAGACUCUGGGCCAUAGACUGAACACCUAUCAAGUCAUUAGUCUUCAAGCCCAUCUGUACUAGUUUACAGGAGGGAUUAGACCAUCCUGCAAGGUCACUGACAGGUGGUUAUCUAAUCAAAUUAGCUCUCAC